AUGUUAUCAAAGAAACGUAAUCAACAUUCAUCGUCGAUUAGUAUACGUUCAUCAUUAAAACACACAACUAAUAAUGAUUCAUCAAUGACAUUAACAAAAGAACAAUCUUCAAUAGUAACAAUUCCGAUGUCAUCUACAACAACUACAUCUAUCCAAGUCACAAAUCAAAAAUCUCCAAAUUCGAAAACAACUUCAAACAAUGGCAAUGCCAGCCUACGUCGACGCCUUCGUAAUCUACUUCGUUUUACAAUUAGUCGUCCAUCAACGGCAGCAGCUCGUUCUGCACACCAACAGAAUACAUCUACAACAAAUAAUUCGUGUCAAUCUUCGAAACAACAAAUUUAUACAUUAACAUCCUCACCACCACCUAUAAACGAUAAAAACUCAAUAAUUUCAUCGUCAAAUAUACUCAAAGAUGAAUUUAUCGAAUCGAUUGUUGCAUCUGCAAAUGAACAUGUUAUUAAUAUAAUUCCAUCGACAACAACCACCACUUCAAAUGAUCAACUAUUAGAAACAUGUGUAUUAUGUUAUCAUGAAUUUACUUCAGAACAAUUCGAACAGUUAACAUUAUGUUCACAUUCAUACUGUCGAACAUGUCUAAGAAGUUACUUAAGAUUAGAGAUUACUGAAGGUCGUAUAACACUAAAUUGUCCACAAAACGAUUGUCCUGAACGUAUACAUCCAUGUGAUAUAUCACGAAUACUAGAGAAUAAUCCAGAUCUUAUAUCUAAAUAUGAACAAUUCAUGGUUCGCCGUGUUUUACAAUCUAUAACUGAUACACGUUGGUGUCCAGCACCUGAUUGCGGUUUUGCUCUUAUAGCUUCAGGCUAUGCAUCAUGUCCAGAAAUUCAAUGUUUACGACCUGGUUGCAAUACAUCAUUUUGUUAUCAUUGUAAAGCAGCAUGGCAUCCAAAUAAAACAUGUGAAGAUGCAGCACGCGAAAAAACAUCAUCAAAAAUUCGUUCAGGCUCAUUUAUUAGUCUUGCUUCUGCUCAACAAAAAGAUGAAAUAAAACAGUGUCCACGAUGUCAAGCUUCGAUAGUUAAAAUGGAUGAUGGCUCUUGUAAUCAUAUGACUUGUCCUAUAUGUGAAGCUGAAUUUUGUUGGUUAUGUGGUCGUGAAAUAUCUGAUUUACAUUAUCUUAGUCCAUCAGGUUGUACAUUUUGGGGUAAAAAACAAUGGAGUAGAAAAAAAGUUAUUCUCUGGCAAGUGGCUACAUUAAUUGGUGCACCGGUUAUAAUAGCAUUGAUAGCUGGUGUUGCUGUACCUGGGGUUGUUAUUGGUGUACCGAUAUGGGCUGGUAGAAGAAUAUUUAAGAAAUUUAAUAAUCCACCUAAUAGUAAAGCAAAAAGAAACGUUCUUUGUACAUUGGGCGUUGUAGGAAGUAUAGCAGCUUCACCGAUCAUCGCUACGCUUGCUAUUGGAAUUGGAGUUCCUAUUCUAUUAGCUUAUGUUUAUGGAGUGAUACCAAUAUCAUUAUGCCGAACGGGUGGUUGUGGUGUUGGAACUCGAAAUAAUAUAUUAGAUGGUGAUAAUCAUAAUAUCGACAAUUUCUUACCAUUUUCUUUGCGUGAAGUUGCUAUUGCAAGAGCUUUUCUUAAUGAUACACAAAGUGUGAUGACACAUCCAACUAUUGGUGGUGAUUCAGCUAGUUUAUCGAAUAGUGUUGCACACCUUGUAGACGAUCGAAGUAAUGAAAGUACAAAAGCAUUACCAGGCACAGGUGCCAUAUCACUUUGUGAAAGUUUACCCACAUCAAAUCGUCUCGAAGUUCAAGCCGAAGUUAGUGAUUGUAAAAGCUUUGAUAUUGAAAGUAUCACAAUCAGUGAAAAAUCUUCGAAAACAAUGGACAGUCUUAAAGCAUUAGCUGGCUCAAUAAAAGAUGCAUGUACUACGGUGCCUUGUGCUGAAUAUACCAAUGAUAAUAUUUCUAACCAUACACAUGGAGAUUCUACUGGUCGUAAAUCAAGUCUAUUGAGUAGUGCAUCUGAUUAUGCGCGUUCAAUUAGUAUCGAACAACAGCAGCCACAUCAUUCGAAUGUGACUCGAGCUGGUUCACCAUAUAACGAUAAAACAGUGUCAUUUUUUGAUGAACGUGUUAAAGCAAAAUCGAAAUGA